AUGACUCCUUCAACAUGGAUCAAACUGAGUUUGUUGUUGGGAUUAGUGAUAGUGGCGGUUCACUCUCACGGACACGGUGGAGGUGGACACGGACAUCAUGAAAGUCAUCACGAAUCUCACGGAAGUAAGGGUGGACACGGUGGCCAUAAACAUUCUCGUCAUUCUCAUGGCGAACACGGCGAUGGUAGUAAGCAUGGCGGGCACGAUUAUGGCGAACACGGUAGUCACGGAGGAAAAUCUGGGCACGAUUCCGGUGGCUAUUCACACGGUGACUAUGGUAGUGGUCAUCAUGGAGAAUCUGGCGGUGGAGGUUACCAUGAAGGUAAACACGACUUUAGCAGUUACGGCGGUGGCGGUUCUAGUGGAGGUUCUUCCGGUGGAGAACAUCAUAAGAGCAAAGGACACGAUCAUAAAGGUUUCAAAAAUGUUUAUCACAAAGAAGAAUAUGGCGAUCAAAAAUCUUAUCAUGAUAGCGCUGGAGAAAGUGACUAUGGUAAGAAACAUAGCGAUCAUGGAGAAAGCUAUAAAUUUGGUGGCGGAAAAAGUCACAAGAGCUACGGCGGCAAAGAUUCUUAUGGAUCCAGCAAACAUGGCCACGACUAUUCCAAACAUGGCAAAGGAGGACACGAUAGUCAUCACGGAAGCGGAUAUAAGAAAGGAGGUGGUCAUCAUAGCAGUCACGGAGGACAUAAAUCCGGAGGAGGAGGACAUCACAGCAGCGAACAUGGAGGAGGUCAUCAUAGUCACGGCAGCAGUGAACACUCCGGAGGAAGUCACGGCAGUAGCUACGGACAUGGAGGUGGAGGCGGCGGUCACGGACACGGACAUGGCCAUCACUAA